UGUAGGAUUUGUCGUCAUGAGAUUAUUCCUUCCAGAAUAACCCGCACAGCCAACCAUCUGUCGCUGUUGUCCCUCUGCACUGACCAGAGGAGAAAGAAAUGGAAAACAGCACACAAGGCAUCACAUGACUCAUGUCAUUUUGGCAGCCUGACUGACCUUAGCCCUCUUCAAAAUUGAUCUGAAUAGGAACUGUUGAAAAUGGGCAAACAUUGAAAACUUCACAUAAAACGGACUGUGAAGCAAUUUGAACUGUUCUCUUGGACAUAGAGACCAAUGAAUUAAUAAUACUUCUAGAUUCCUUGUUUCAGCUUUCCUGACUGUCAAAAUGAUUAAAAGAGAGAGAAGCAUUUUCCAGCAAACUCAGGCCCUUCUGUGUAUGAACAUUAUUAAAAAAUGGAGGAUGAAAAGAGAGAGUUUAUUGGAAUGGUUUCUUUCAUUGCUUCUAUGCCUGCAGCUCUUCCUGUUUGGAUUAUUUCCUUUAAACUCUCAGGUUUCUGGAGGGCCUCCAGUAGACCUAGGACGCUUAGAUAAAUUUAAUGAUUCUGACUUUCUGAUUAAAUAUAUGCCAGUCACCAAUAUCACUCAACAGAUAAUAGACAAAGUGGCUUCGGCUUCCUUUAUGAAAGGAAUAAAUAUCACUGGGACCACAGAUGAAAAAGCUAUGGCUUUAUCUCAUGGAAACUUUGACACAAUGGCAAUCAUCUUUCAUGAUGUGUUUUCAUAUGAGUUGAAGUCAUGGGGAUACAGAGUUCCAUAUUUUAAAGAACAUCAUGAACAUUCAGCACAUUGUACAGAAUAUUUUGAAGAAAUCAGUUGUUCACUUGAAAGAUAUUGGGAAAAGGGUUUUGUUGCUUUUCAAGCUGCCAUUAAUUCUGCUAUUAUAGAGAUCACAACAAACCAUUCUGUGAUGGAGCAGCUAAUGUCAGUCCAUGGUAUAAAAAUGAAGGUGCUUCCUUUCCUUUCCCGAUUUGGAAUAAGUAAUGAUCUCAUCAUUUUAGCCUACAUAAUUUCUUUCUCACCAAUGAUAUAUUUUGUAUGCCUCAAUGUUACAAGAGAGAGAAAAAAGUUUAAGAAAUAUAUGACAAUAAUGGGCCUCCAGGAUUCAGCUUUCUGGCUUUCCUGGGGUUUGCUGUAUGGUGGCUACAUUUUUAUUUUGGCAAAUCUGCUGGCUGUUAUCACAAAAUCUUCUGAAUUUGUAGUCCUGACUGGUUACUUCAUGGUAUUCAGUCUGUUUUUCCUAUAUGGUCUCUCUUUGGUAGCAUUAGCUUUCCUGCUGAGUGUGCUGAUUAAGAAACCUCUACUUACUGGUUUAAUCACAUUCCUCCUUACCGCUUAUUGGGGAGGUUUGGGAUUUCUUUUAUUGUAUCAACAAUUUCCUGCAUCUUUAGAAUGGAUUUUAAGUCUCCUGAGUCCCUUUGCCUUCAUUUUUGGGAUGAUCCAGAUUAUGAGGAUGGAUUACAACUUGAGAGGUUUUGCUUUCCCUGACCCCUCUGGAGACUCGCAUCAAUUAUUAGCCAUAUUUUUCAUAUUGAUUUUUGAUAAUCUUCUCUAUUUGGCCCUUGCUCUGUAUUUUGAAAAAAUCUUGCCACGUGAAUAUGGACACCAAUAUUCUCCUUUGUUUUUCCUGAAGUCUUCAUUUUGGAAACCUCACCCCAGGGCUGGUCAUCAGAUGCUGGAGAAUGAGACUAUCUCUACAUAUUGCUCUGACUCUUUUGAACCAGUACCUCCAGAAUUUCAUGGGAAAGAAGCUAUUAGAAUCCGAAAUCUAAAAAAGGAAUACAAAAGGAAGCCUGAAAAAGUGGAAGCUUUGAAAGGUUUGCAAUUGGACAUCUAUGAAGGCCAGAUCACAGCAAUACUUGGUCACAGUGGAGCUGGGAAAUCAACACUAAUAAAUAUUCUUAGUGGGUUAUCUGCCCCAACAAAAGGCUCUGCUAGCAUCUACAGUAACAACCUCUCUGAAAUGACGGAAUUAGAAGAAAUCAGGAGGAUCAUUAGUGUUUGCCCACAAUUUAAUGUGCAUAUUAAUUUCCUUACUGUGCGAGAAAACCUCAGGCUAUAUGCUAAAAUCAAAGGGCUUCCACCAAAUAUGGUGGAGCAGGAGGUGCAAAGAGUUUGUCUGGAAUUGGAAAUGAAAAGUAUUCAAGACACCUUUGCUGCAAACCUAAGUGGUGGACAGAAAAGGAAGCUGACCUUUGGUAUUGCCAUUUUAGGUGAUCCUCAGGUUUUGUUGUUAGAUGAACCAACUGCUGGAUUGGAUCCUUUUUCAAGGCACCAAGUAUGGCAGCUCUUAAAGGAACGCAAAGAAAACCGUGUGAUCCUCUUUAGUACCCAGUUCAUGGAUGAGGCUGAUCUUCUUGCUGAUUGGAAAGUCUUUAUAUCCAGUGGGAGACUGAAGUGUGCAGGCUCUUCUUUGUUUCUAAAGAAAAAAUGGGGGAUUGGCUAUCACUUAAGUUUGCAAAGAAAUGAAUCUUGUGAUACAGAGAGAAUAACAUCACUCAUUAAACAUCAUAUUCCUGAUGCCAAAUUAACUGCAAAAAGUGAAGAAAAACUUGUAUACACAUUGCCCUUAGAAAGGACGGCUUUAUUUCCAGACCUUUACAGUGAUCUUGAUGAUUGUACUGACCAAGGCAUUAUGAAUUAUGGUGUUUCCAUGACAACUCUGACUGAGGUAUUCUUGAAACUAGAAGGAAAAACAGAAACUAAUGAAACAGAUUUUGGCAGUGGUGGGCAGGAGCAAACAGAAGUCACCAGACAUUUUGAAAACCCUGUUGAACCAGAGCAAACUUUCCCUUCUCUUCCUGGAGAGAAGAUGGAGACAGUCAGUGGUAUGGCUCUCUGGAGACAACAGAUUUGUGCAAUUGGAAGGGUUCGUUUCUUAAAAUUAAAGCAUGAUGGGAAAGCUGUUCUGUCAUUAUUUUUGUUAUUGACGUUUACUUUGAUUCCCAUUGCUCUUGAGCAUAUACUGCAUCAAACAUUUUAUCAUCCUGCUCCUUGGACAUUUUCUCCUGAUAUGUAUUUUCUCUCCCCUGGACAGCAACCACAAGCUCCUCUCAGCAGCCUAUUAAUUGUCAACAACACAGGAUCAAAUAUUGAAGAUUUUAUAAAUUCUCUGAAGCACCAGAAUAUAGUUUUGGAAGUAGAUGACUUUGAAAAAAGAAAUGGAACAUCUGACCUUGCCUACAAUGGAGCUAUAAUAGUAUCGGGCAAAAAAGAGGAUUAUAGAUUUUCUCUAGCAUGUAACACCAAGAGACUGAACUGCUUUCCUGUCCUAAUGAAUAUUGUCAGCAAUGGAGUACUUAGAAUGUUGAACUCCUCAAAGCAAAUUCACACUGAGAAAAGUCUCUUUCCUUUGGAAGUUGAGCCCAGCUCAAUGACUAACACAGAAGCAGAUGUGUUCUUGAUAUUGGCAACAACCAGUCUUUCUCCUUAUUUAGCAAUGAACAGUAUCAUUGAUUACAAAAUAAAAGCUCAAGCCCAACUAAGGAUUUCAGGCCUUUACCCUUCAGCAUACUGGUGUGGGCAGGCACUGGUUGAUAUUCCCUUGAACUUCAUGAUUCUUCUUGUGAUAUAUACAAUUUUAUACAUUCUAAACUCAGGUUUCUACACAGUGGACACUGGAAUCCUAUUUAUUCAGAUCAUCUGUAUUAUUGGUUAUGCAGGCUCAAGUGUUUUCUUCACAUAUGUGAUUUCAUUCUUUUCUAAGAAAGGAAGGAAAAAUAGUGGCAUCUGGUCUACUUGCUUCUUUGUUACUUCUAUGAUCACAUUUGUCUUUAUUCAAAUAAGUGACUUUGAACUAUAUGCCAUGCUUUAUUGUACUGCAUUCAUACCCUUCUUCACUUUGUUUGGAUGCACAAUGCUGAUUUUGGAGGUCAACUAUAUGUAUUUCAAAAAAUUUAAUAUGGAGAAUGUAAUAGAUGAAAUCAAUGAAAAUGUACUCUUCAUGAUUCUCAUACCUUACCUUCAUUGUAUCAUUUUCCUUUUUGUUCUGCGAUGUCUGGAAAUGAAAUAUGGAAAGCAACCCAUGAGAAAGGACCCUCUGUUCAGAAUUUUCCCAACAAAUAGUGAUGGUGGUCCCAAUCCUGAAGAACCAGAAAAUGAAGAUGAAGAUGUUCAGGCAGAAAGAACUAGAACUGCAAGAGCUCUGACUGCUUCAAACCUAGAUGAGAAACCCAUUAUUAUUGCAAGCAGUCUGCGAAAAGAAUAUGAAGGCAAGAAGAAAAGUUGUUUUUCAAAGAGAAAGAAGAAACUGGCUACAAGAAAUGUCUCUUUCUGCGUUAAAAAAGGUGAGAUACUGGGAUUGCUAGGACACAAUGGAGCUGGCAAAAGUACAUGUAUUAGGAUGAUAGCUGGAGAGACAAGACCAAGUGCAGGGAAGGUGGUUCUGAAAGGAAGCAGAACAACGAGUCAACAAACAGAUGAAAUGAUUAAUAGCCUUGGGUACUGUGCUCAGGAGAAUGCAGUAUGGCAAAACCUUACAGUGAGAGACCAUCUGGAGGUCUAUGCUGCAGUGAAAGGGCUAAAGAAGGAAGAUGCUAUGGUCACUAUUUCACGAUUAAAGGAUGCUCUCAAACUUCAGGAGUACAUGAAGGUUCCAGUCAAGGACUUGCCAACAGGCAUAACUCGAAAGUUGUGCUUUGCUCUGAGUAUCCUGGAAAAUCCAGCUAUCAUGCUUCUGGAUGAACCAUCAACUGGAAUGGAUCCAGAAGGGCAGCAACAAAUACGGCAGGCUAUUAGAGCAUUGUUUAAGAAGAAAGAGAGUGGUGGUAUUCUGACUACACAUUACAUGGCAGAAGCUGAAGCUAUGUGUGACCGAGUGGCCAUCAUGGUAUCAGGACAGCUACGAUGCAUUGGUUCCAUCCAACAUCUGAAAAGCAAGUUUGGCAAAGAUUAUUUACUGGAAAUAAAAGUGAAAGAACCUGGACAAGUGAGACAUCUCCAUGAAGAGAUUCUGAAGCUUUUUCCAACAGCAGCAAGGCAAGAAAGGUAUUCCUCCUUGAUGGUCUAUAAAUUGCCUGUAGAAGAUGUGCAUCCUCUAUCUCAGGCCUUUUCUAAAUUAGAGGCAGCUAAGCAUACCUUCAACCUGGAGGAGUACAGUCUCUCUCAGUCUACUUUGGAACAGGUCUUCCUAGAGUUGUCAAAGGAGCAGGAGAUGGGAGAUUUUGAAGAGGAAUUGGAUACAACUAUAAAAUGGGAACUCCUCUCACAGGAAGAGCCUUAAAGGCCUAUCUGUUCUAAGUUUUUGUCGAAGAUCUCAUGACCCUUUUUUAAAUGCAUUUAUAUUUUUAAUUUCAUAUAUCAUCUCAGAAAUGUUUAAUCAAACUUUUAAAGCAUAUUUUGUAUUUAUGCAGAAACUGAUUAAAUUUGUAAUAAAUCUUUGCUAGAAUAAGGGAAGGAAGGAUACCUUUGGGCAAAAUCUGUAUGCUAAACAGCAUUAAUAAUGGAAUGAAAUUGGAAUGUACUGGUUUCCUACAUACCAUUUUAGGAAUACUUGCUGUAUUAUAUUGUAGCUUUUUAUCAACAAAAGGACUGAUAGAGUUUUUCUCAACUGGAAGGAGAGACUGAAGGAUCAUGGGAGGUAGAAGCUAGGAUACUUUUUGAGCCCCUACAGAAGAUGGUGUAGGGAAGGGGGUAGGUUGUGUAGUAAUCAUGAUCAUUUGGGUGACUGGCUCAUUGACCAGUCUAAAAAGUGCCUUGACAGAAUUUACUGUCUCACUGGAAUUGGAUGAAUUUCCCUUUCCAUUUCCUCUCCCUUCUCUACCUCACAGCUGCCUAGUGAAUUGGCAUUGCUCAAUCUUAAAUUUUGUUUAUUUUCUCUCUAUAUUUUUAUCAUGGGUUUUGUCUUUAGAUAAAUAUAAGCUGCUUUUUAUUGUAUUCUGAGUUUUUGUUAUAAGUAAAUAUUAUGUGGAAAGGUAAAAGAGAUUUUCUAGACAAAUAACCCUAAAGUUAAAUCUCUGCUUUUGUCUUUGUCUCUCUCUUACUUAAAUCAAUAAAAUACAGAUCUGUUUGGUACAUUUUAAAAA